AUGUUCAAAAGGUCAGUCGAUUUCCUAUCAUCCCGGCCAAAUCGCUCAAGCACCUCAUGGACGCAUCAGAUUCAAGACCCCUCAAUCGACUUAUAUUUGCCUAUAUUUACGCUGCUUGAGCUCGUCUUCUACGACGGCUGGCUUAAAAUAGCGCAAGCCUUGGUCAAUCCAUUUGGCACAGAAGACUCCGACUUCGACUUAGUCGCACUGUCAGAGCGAAAUUAUCUCAUCGGUCUCUGGUUCACCAGUCUGACCAACUCCAGAUAUUUGGAGCCAGCUGUGAUAGAGCAUCAAUGCUUCGGUUGGACUGGGUUAAAGCGACCAUCAUUUUCCAGACAAACGACUACUUCCUCAAUGAGUAGAUUCGAUAAGUCAAACAAAAGCGAUGUAGUCCUCGAUUCUGGUCACGUUGAUGUGGAGACCGAUGGCAUAAAGCAAGAGUCUCAAACAGAAGACGACCAGAGUGAUUUUACCUAUAUUUCAAAAGAACCGGAUGAAAUCUACCAACUACCAGCUAGCCUGAGUUCGUUAAGAAGAUCGGAAUCAAAGUAUUUUUUAGCUGGAUCAAUAGCCCGGCUGACUAAAGAAGCCGAAUCGCGCCAACAUCAGUCACGGGCCGAACUCGGCCAUGGUGCAAUUAACUAG